UCUCGUUCCCCUUCUCUUCUCCAACUCUGCUUCAGCGCUCAAGGCGUACUCCUCCACCCACGCGCCGGCGCCGCCCCCUCCUCCAGCGAUUACUCCCCUCCUCGCCCAAACCCUAAACCUUAGAGCCGCGCUCGACCUUCUCCACACCAUCACGACUGGAAUCACGACUGCUUUGGAUGAGAUUUCUCUGCUUCCCCUGAUCCAUCGUGCUUGGAUCGUUCUACUGUUCAACUUGGUUCUGGAAGAUGGCUUCCUGGGGAGUCACUCCUAAGAUUAUGAGGUGCAACGGGGGCACUGGAUUCUCCAAGCAGCCAGAAGAGGAAGAUAGAUUCAGCAUGCUGAUGGAUGACAUUUUAAUCUCCAUCUUGGGGAGACUCGAUCUAAGAACAGCUGCAAGGAUGAGCGUUUUGUCCACAUGGUGGAGGCGCCUUCCUUGGUUGCUGCCCGAGCUCAAUAUUGAUGUCAAAGAUUUCUUACCAAUUCCACGCCCCAACCCUAUUGAGGCGAUGGAUAUGGACAAAGCAAUGGCAUCUCUAACCAAGGCAACUAGGAGUUUCUUGGUUAACCGACAUGGCGAAUCCAGCAGCAUCUCAACUCUGCACCUUAAGAUCUACCUGGUCAACGAUUCCUUGUGCGAAGCUGGCCCACUAAUAGGUGACGCAGUGGAGAGUGGUUUGCUGAAAGAUUUGGACCUUGCCAUUCUUUACAAGAGAGAUAUCUGGGCUUGCAGUGAGGAGGGUAUGCUACAGCGAGGCCAACCAAUAGAUGGUUUUUUCAGUGACUAUCCUGUUGUGCUCCAUUGCCUCACAAGGCUUUCUCUAUACACUGUACGCUUUGAGAAAUUGGACAUGCACCAUGUCUUGUUUGACUGCUGCAAGCAACUGAAGCAUCUAGCCCUUUCUCAUUGUGAUGUUGGCGCUCACUCUCUAUUUAAGAUUGAUGCACCCAAUUCAAAACUCCUUGUUCUAGAACUCACCUAUUGUCGUUUUGAGAUACUUGAGUUGGUCUGCCUUCCAAAAUUGGAGAAGCUCAGAUGUAACACUUGGGUGUCUCGCCAUGCUCCUUUGGCCUUUAUUUUGGUCCCGUCUCUUGGGGAACUAGAACUCUCAUGCGAUGCAAUACAUGGUCAAAGUGAAUUUAAAUUAAGUGAGCUUCUACAAGGAACGACUUGUAUACAUACUCUCACAUUGGGUUUCAAAGGAGAAAACCUUUGGAUGCAACCUGAAAUGAGGCAACUCCUCCCCGCUUUUUGUAAGCUAAGGAAGCUAUCCGUGCGUGGUAUAUUUGUUGAAUUCGACCUUUUAUGGACGACAGCAUUUCUUUUGGCGGCACCAUGCAUUGAAAUAUUGCAUAUUGAGGUUUGGGAACAUAUAUGUGAUGUGGAUGAUAAGUCCAGACAGCUGCACACCGAAAGAAGGAGCCCUCAGUGGGAAAUGCAAUUUGACGGCCCUAAGAACAGGUUUUUGAAAGAACUAGAAUUUUCUGGCUUUAGGUCACUAGAACAACAAUUUACAUUUAUAAGAUCCAUGCUGGAGCGAGCUCCGAAUUUGCAGAUGAUAAUUCUGAAAGGAGAUGAGCGAUGUGAGUACUGCGAUGCUCUUGAUACACCUCGUGCUGUGAAAUUUCCUAAGAAGGGUGAGCAAGAAAUGGUGGUUAGACGAAUUCGAGAUGGCAUAUUCUCACCACGGAUAAUUUUCGACAAAUAAGGAGCUGUACUAAACUUGUUAGAGAGGGCAUAUCUCGGGUGAAAGGAUAUUCAAUAUUUAAGUAGCAAGAAACAUUAUGUAUGCUCCAGGUGUGCAGAUGAAUUUUCGUUUACUGAGAAGAUGCAACUAAACACGCUCGUGCGAAAUGUAAUGCAAUAGGCACAUGGAGGAAUCACUAGUUGAUCCCCCCUCAAAAAUGAAAAGAAAUUAGCAGUUGAUUUUUUUUCAAAACAAUUCACUAAGCCAUUGAAUGAGAGCUGGACACGUACUGUUUUAA